AUAUAAAACCACUAUCCUCUCCAAUAAAGAAGAAAAAAAAAAACGUAAGAGACCCCAUUAACAACAAACAAAAACAAAACCCUUUUUAAAAAAAUUUGAUUUGAGAUAUGGGAUUCUUGCACAAGCUUUGGGAUGAGACGGUGGCUGGUCCCGCGCCAGAAAACUGUUUGGGGAAGUUGAAAAAUCACAUUCCCGACGACAGUGUCACAAGAAAUGGUCACCAAAAGUUGAUGGUGAAUCCAGGUCGUGUCUCGGAAUCUCCUGUCGGAUCAAUCAACCCCGGUUCUCCUUUGACUCCUGGGACACCAAGUGAAACGCAUGCCGCAAGUCUCAAUGCAUGCGAUUGGAUUGUGCUAAACGCAUUAGACCGUUGAGAGAUUAAAAGGAAAACAAAAAUGUACGCUAUGAAUGUUAAUAAGGGAAGAAGUAUCCUAUAAUCCAACUACUUUGUUUUGUAAAUUGUAAUAACAGUGUACAUAAUGUAUAAUGGAUUUAUGUAAAUAGUAAUCGCUUUUUGGAAUGUAUGUUGGUGUU